UUGAUUGAUGAAAACUUUAGUAAGCCAUUAUUCCUUUCUGUAGGUUUUCCUUGAAGUAUUUCGAAAACAACCCAUCUCCGUUCCACGAUAUGAAAGUUUAUUCUGCAGCCACAAGUUUGUCAAAGAAAAGGAAGUUUUCAUCAAAGAAGACAUCAGAUGCCAUUAUUGUGACAGAUUUGGAGAUUGUUCAGUCCUGUUAUAGCUUUCUUCAUGUUUCAAGUGACUAUUUUAGACAAUGUUGGAACUGGUCUGAUUUUAUUAAGAUGUAUGUGGGACACAAAGAUGACUUUAUAUGCUGGCUGGCUUGCCAAUGUAUUGCUGAUGUUACUGGUAUGACAGAUACACAAAGACAAGCUUUUAUGGCUGCACAUUUGUCUCCUAAAGCUGUUAGAGCUUGUACAAUCAGAUUUGACAGUUCUCAGCCAAACUACGAUAGCGUAAAAGAAGAUGCUUGGAAAAGGAAGUCAUCUUCAAAUGAAAAUGUCUGUCGCGUUUCAAAAGUAAUUGUGUCUGUUUCGGGGAUUCAGUUGCCUGUGUUCAAUCCUGAAAGUCAGGACAAAAGAGGCUGCCUCGUUCCUGUUAACUCGACACUUGGAAAUCUGAAGAGUUUGGCUUUGGCUGUGGCGUCUGGUAGAGCAAUAUGUCUUCAAGGACCUGUGGGUUCAGGGAAGACAUCUUUGGUAGAACAUUUAGCAUUGUUAACAGGUCGUAACACUGCACCUUAUUACUUGAAAGUUCAGUUGGGUGACCAAACUGACAGCAAGAUGUUACUGGGAUCUUAUCGAUGUACCGAUGUUCCUGGUGAAUUUGUGUGGCAGCCAGGUGUUCUAACACAGGCUGUGAUUGCUGGAUGUUGGAUCCUUCUAGAGGACGUAGACUCGGCUGCUGCCGAUGUUGCGACUGUUUUGGCUUCGCUUGUGGAGACUGGAACACUGUCUGUGCCUGGCUACAAAGACUGUGUGAAAGUUGCUCCAGGCUUUCAACUCUUCGUUACGAAACGGUUGUUGCCAAAUUUGAGUGGUUUCCACAUUCAACAUUUUGUUUCCGCUGCUUUCCUUGAGAAACACUGGGUACAGAUUAAUAUUGAACCACUAUCAAGACAGGAACUCAUCGAGAUUGUGGAAACUAUGUUUCCCCUGCUGAAGACAAUCGCAGGUCGCAUUGUGCAAGUUUUCCUCUUGUUCUCAGUUGGGAAUCACAGUUCAACUCUACAGCUCGAAUCUGAACAUGAUAAAGAAAGCUGUGAGGGAAGUAUCCCAGAUGUUAGGACUCCUGGAGUUGGCCGACGAUUAACAUCGACAAGGGAUUUGAUAAAAUGGUGCACAAGAUCAGUUGAAGGUUUUGAUGUAUCAUCUCAGGAGUCGGCUCUCAAAGUCUUCCAAGAUGCUAUAGAUAUCUUCUGUUGUAGUGUCAUAAAUCCAGAUAAAAGAUUGAAGUUAGCUGAAUCUAUUGGAGCGUGUCUUGGUAUAGUAAAGACCAAAGCAGAUUAUUUCUGCAACAGUUAUAAACCAACUGUAAUGAUAACUCCAUUGCGCUUCACGGCAGGAAGGGUUUCAUUGCCCCGACAUACGAAUGCUGUGACAGUGUUAGAAAGUGCUGCAGGUGGAUCAAGUUUCUGCUUCACCCGUCCAGCUGCGUGCUUGCUUGAGCGAGUGGCGUGUUGUGUAGCGUGGAUGGAGCCUGUAUUGCUUGUUGGAGAGACGGGCACCGGUAAAACAUCGGCAGUUCAAUACCUGGCGGAGAAGACAGGUCAUCAUCUCAUUGUGAUCAACAUGAAUCAGCAGAGUGAUAGUGCUGAUCUCUUGGGCGGUUAUAAGCCAAUUGAUCUGAAGUACGUUGUUUAUCCAGUUCGUGAAGAAUUUGAGGCAUUGUUUCGGAGCUACUUCUCAGUGCAGAAGAAUGUUAAAUUCCUUGAACAUAUUGCAAUGUGUUUCGGCUUACGUCAGUGGUCUACUCUCCUGAAACUGAUGAAGCACAGUCACAGUGCAGCUAUGAAGCGCUUGGUUGCUGAAGACUCUUCCAAACAAAAGGGAGAUGCUGAGAGAAGACUGGCAUGGCAACAGUUUGGUCUAAAGUUGCUCAAAUUGGAGACCCAGCUGAAAACACAGAGUGCUUUAGCAUUUUCAUUUAUUGAGGGGAGCCUUGUGAAGGCUUUGAGAGAAGGUUACUGGGUUUUACUGGAUGAAAUAAACUUGGCUUCUGCCGAGACAUUGGAAUGUUUGUCGGGAUUGUUAGAUGGCUCGGCUGGUUCUCUUUACUUGUUGGAGAGGGGAGAUCAGGAACCAAUUAAAAGGCAUCGAGACUUCCGUCUGUUUGCUUGCAUGAAUCCUGCAACUGAUGUUGGCAAGAAAGAUUUACCAGCUGGUUUGAGAAACAGGUUCACGGAAUUCUUCGUGGAUGAGCUGACCGAGAAGUCUGAUUUAACAUUGCUGGUUGGAACUUACCUGCGGCAUUUGUCUCUACCUGUCGAGAAGCUUGGGAAUCUUGUUAAGUUUUAUCUGAGUGUAAGAAAGGAAGCAACUGAGAGGUUGACAGAUGGCACUGGACAUAAGCCACACUACAGUUUGCGUACUUUGUGCCGAGCGCUCAGUGUGGCUGCCCAUAACAAGUGUGGUUCUGUUCCACGUUCCCUGUACGAAGCUCUGUGUCUCAGUUUCCUUACGCAGCUUGAUUACUCUUCACAUCCUGUGGUUGUACAGAUGGUAGCAAAAGCUGUCGUAGGAUCGACAGAUGUGAGGAGUAUAUUGAAGCAGCCAAUACCACCCCCUUGCUCUACAGAUGCACAUCAGUACGUAUGCUUCGAAGGCUACUGGGUACCACAAGGAAACCUGGAACCGAACGUUGAUGCAAAGUACAUACUAACACCAUCUGUUAGACGCAAUCUUUGUGACUUGGUUCGAAUUGUAUCCAUUGGCCAUCAUCCUGUGCUUUUACAAGGGGAGACAUCUGUGGGUAAAACAAGUCUCAUUACAUAUCUUGCCAAAGCUUCAGGAAAUCACUGUGUUAGAAUUAAUAAUCAUGAGCACACUGACCUUCAGGAGUAUAUUGGAUUGUAUUCUGCUGAUGAACAGGGCCAUCUUGUGUUCAGAGAAGGUGUAUUAGUUGAGGCAAUGCGAAGGGGUCAUUGGAUUAUUUUGGAUGAGUUGAACUUGGCUCCAACUGAUGUGCUGGAAGCGCUAAACAGAGUUCUUGAUGACAAUAGAGAACUGUUUAUAGCUGAAACGCAGGAAACUGUCAAGGCUCACCCGCAUUUCAUGCUCUUUGCCACCCAAAAUCCACCAGGGCUCUAUGGCGGUAGGAAGAUGUUGUCUCGUGCAUUUCGUAAUCGGUUUGUGGAGUUGCACUUUGAUGAAAUCCCUGCAAAUGAGCUGGAGAUUAUUCUUCAUAAGAGAUGUGACAUGCCUCUUUCUUAUUGUAAGAAAAUGGUUUGUGUUAUGACAGAUUUACAGUUGCGUCGCAGAGGUAGUGCAGCGUUUGCUGGUAAACAGGGUUUCAUAACGCUUCGUGAUCUGUUUCGAUGGGGAGAGAGAUACCGGCUGGCUGGUGAAAAGGAAGGAACUUAUUAUGACUGGGAUCAACAUAUUGCAGAUGAAGGUUACUUGGUACUGGCAGGUCGAGUACGGAAGCAGGAAGAAUGUCGUGUUAUUCAAGAAGUCAUCAAGAAACAUAUUAAUAGAACUGUUGAUCCCCAGAAACUGUUCACUUUGAGCUCAGAGACUUCUUCAGUGACUCGUCCCAUCUUGGAGAAGGUUCUGAAAAGUACAGUUCCCGGUUUUAAACAUAUUGUGUGGACAUACAACAUGAGACGCCUGGUUGUUCUGGUUGGCAAAGCUUGCCAGUUCAAAGAACCAGUGCUCCUCGUUGGCGAGACAGGUUGUGGUAAGACAACAGUGUGCCAGAUGUUGGCAUCCAUCUAUCAACAGUCCCUAUAUACUGUCAAUUGUCAUAUGCAUACCGAGAGCUCGGAUUUCCUCGGAGGACUUCGUCCAGUUAGAGACCAUAGCAGUGACGUGGAAUGUACAAAAUUAUUUGAAUGGAUUGACGGUCCUUUAAUUGAAGCAAUGCAGAAGGGUGAUCUAUUUCUUGCAGAUGAAAUUUCACUUGCAGAUGACAGUGUACUGGAAAGACUGAAUUCUCUUCUUGAACCUGAACGUAAAUUGCUUCUGGCUGAGAAAGGAAGCGGAGGAACCGAUCAAUCCUUUAUUGUGACUGCAAAUCCAAAUUUUCAUUUCAUCGGCACAAUGAACCCAGGAGGAGAUUAUGGAAAGAAAGAGCUUUCACCAGCACUUCGUAAUAGAUUUACCGAGAUCUGGUGUGAAAGCUGUACAGAUAGAAAUGACCUUCUAGCAGUUGUGGAACACAAUCUCAGUCCUGGGUUGUUACUGGGAAAUCAAGAGGAUGGUAGUUCUGGUGUUGGCAGCUGCCUUCUAGAUUUCAUAGAGUGGUUCACCAGUACAGACAUAGGCAAAAGGUUCACUGUAAGUGUUCGGGAUAUUUUGUCAUGGGUGAAUUUCAUUAAUGUGUGUACACAAGAUCAAAAUGGUACGAAUGAAAUUGAUGGUACUAGGAAAUUGGACUUAGCCACAGCCUACAUCCAUGGAGCAUGUCUCACAUUUCUUGACAGCUUUGGUUCAGGAAUAACAAGCGUUGAUAGUACUACAAAUCUAAAGGCUCUGCAUAAAGCAGCGUUGAAGUAUCUCAUGGAGCAGGUGGAACUGAGCGUUGAUGAAACAGCUUUACUUGGCAAUGUUGUGAUCACUGAUACUCUUUUUGGUAUCCAUCCUUUCUACAUAAAGAGAGGAUCUCUUCCUGUUGUUCCUGAUGACUUUACAUUCAUGGCACCAACAACUGGUCUGAAUGCAUCUCGUGUAUUGAGAGGACUCCAGUUAAACAAACCGAUUCUGUUGGAGGGAAGCCCUGGAGUUGGGAAAACAAGCCUCGUUGCAGCGUUGGCAAAGGCUGCGGGAUUCCAUCUGACCAGAAUAAAUGUAUCUGACCAAACUGAUGUGUCCGAUUUAUUUGGAGCUGACUUACCAGUGGAAGGAGGUGGCGGUGGUCAGUUUGCUUGGCGUGAUGGACCUUUCCUACAGGCACUCAAAGCUGGUCACUGGAUAUUAUUGGAUGAGCUCAAUCUUGCAUCUCAGUCAGUGCUGGAGGGUUUGAAUGCGUGCCUGGAUCACAGAGGUGAAGUUUUUAUUCCUGAACUCGGAAAGACGUUUCACAUUCAAAGUGACAGCACGCGUUUGUUUGGUGCGCAGAAUCCUCAGAGACAAGGUGGGGCCAGAAGAGGUCUCCCACAGUCCUUCCUGAAUAGGUUCACUCAGGUUUACAUUGACUCAUUAACAGAAGCUGACUUGGAGUUCAUUAUCCGAUUUCUGUUUCCUGAUCUGCCACAUAAUCUGAUAUCCCGCAUGAUAAGAUUCAAUUCCCGAUUGGUUAGAGAAACGGGUGAGCUGAGGUUAUGGGGACAGAGGGGCGCGCCAUGGGAGCUGAAUCUUCGGGACUUGUGUCGGUGGUGCGAAGCAAUAAUUGCUGACUCCAGAAAAUGUUCAUUGUCAAAAAGGAAUGCUGUACUUCAUCCAGGAAAAUUUAUUGACCUGAUUUAUAUGGACAGAAUGAGGACAAGAGAAGACAAGGAGAAGGUUAAAGAAAUCUAUAUUCAAGAAAUUGGCUCAUACUAUCCAAUAUUUUGCGAUUUUCCUCGGAUUCAUAUGACCCACAGUACUUUUUUUAUCGAUGAUAUUUUCAUGUCACGUAAUGGAGUGAUAUCGCAGAGAGCCGGAGCUGUGGAAAGAAUCGGUGAAAGCAAUCCACAAAAGAGCGCUGUACGGCCCAUGAAUGACUUCAGUCAGAUUUCAGCUCACCAGGAUAGUUUAAUGCUACUAAGAAGACAAUUUCCUGUGCUGCGAUCACUUACGAGAUGUGUCGACAUGAACUGGUUGGCAAUACUGGUUGGUCCAGCUGGAAGUGGCAAAACAAGUGUGGUACACCUGCUUUCUCAGCUGCUAGGGCAGGAACUCCGAGUGUUGUCCAUCAACUCUGCAAUGGACACCACUGAAAUCUUGGGAGGUUUUGAACAGGCUGACUACAGUCGCCAUUUGGAUGAGAUUGCCACACGCAUCGAACGCCUCCUAUUGGUUGCAGUGAGGUGUCAGCUGGUGACGACUAUCGACUCUUCUUCGGGGAGUCCCCGCCACCGUGGCGUCACAGCGAGGUCACGUGGUCUCCUGCGACAGUGGGAGAAUUUCAGACAACUCGCUGAUCACGGUCAAGAUGUACAGCACGGAAUAUUUAAUACUGAGACUGAAUUAUUCACACGUCGAUUGAAUGUUCUGCAAGAAAUAGUGACUGAUUUGUUGACUGAUGGUGAGUCUUGCGAGUCUGACAGACAGAUGUUUGAGGCUGAACUGAGGAAUCUGGAAUGCAAACUGAACAAAUUAGCUCAGAAUGUAGCAAAGGAAGGAGGCCUGAACACAGGUGGCAAGUUUGAAUGGAUCGACAGUGUUCUGGUUAAGUGUCUGCAAGAUGGCUCCUGGUUGUUGGUGGAUAAUGUUAACUUAUGUUCAUCUGCUGUGUUGGAUCGCCUUAAUGCCCUUCUGGAACCUGGCGGAUCUCUUACAAUCGGAGAAAGAGGCGUUGGCCCCAACGGCGAGGUUGUCACCAUCUGCCCCCACCCAGGCUUUCGACUAUUCCUGACCAUGGAUCCCCACAAUGGAGAAAUAUCAAGGGCCAUGAGAAAUCGUGGAAUUGAGAUCUGCCUCCUGAGCCCUCAGGAAGAAGAUUACAACUGUUUGGAUAUGAGGUCCCUUCUUUAUCAUUUUGGCUUGAAGUCCGAAACCAGACAGGAUAUGCUGUUAUCGGUGCAUCACGCGAUGAAUAUGGAACAAGGUUUGGGUGAACCCAGUUUACCUCGGCUCUUGCACGCAGCUCUCCUGAUAUCACAGCAAAUAUCCCUAGGCCAGGGUCAGUACGAGGCUUUUCUCUCCAGCUGCUGUGAUGUCUACGUAAAAUCGCGCGUAAGAAGUUCCUCGGGAUCAGCGGGCUUUCCAGACUUUAAACAAAAGUUGUACCAACUCUUGACAGAGAUACUGGAAAAUAGCUCCCAAACACAAAAGACACAUAGAGACUCCUCGGAGGAUAAAUUUGCAAUGGAUGUUUUUACAUUGACGACGCCUAAGAUAAAAGAAAAUGCAUCAUUUACUGUCAUGAAACAACAAGUUUCAUUACUGAAAGUAUCAUUGGAAGCAGCGGUUUUCUCGAAAUCAGGACGUUCUGAAGAACUUAUGAAAACAGGAGACGUGAAACCGUUUCCAAACACCGAAACUCUAAACCGACUGUUGGAUGUUCAUAAUGAAAGUAUCAUUGGAACUAAAGCGGUAACUGAUGUCAUUCCAAGUUUUCUGCUGAUGUUCUAUCAAACAGCAGCUCAAAAUGAUAUCGAACUUCGACACGAAUGGCUUGCGGAGUUUAUUGCUAAAUGCAAGAGGAAGUGUCAAGAUACGAGUGUACGCAUUAUUUUGGAGAAAUAUCAAAAGAUGUCUGAAAUAUUGAAAAUAACCCUUUGCCAGGCAAUUUCUUCGCCUCUGUCUCUUCAUGAAAAUCUCGUGAAAUGUGUCUGCUGCAUGAAUGAUUUACCGUGGGAUAUUCGCUGGCUUCCAAACAUAGCGGCGUUUUGCGAUCCCAGAUGUUUUGCGUGCAGAACAGCGAAUAAGCUGGCGCUGCUACUUCGUUUCAUGGCAAAGAAAAUACAGACAGAGAGAAUGACUGAGGAAAUGCAUUCCGGCAAACGGAAGUCUCUGACGGUGAUGGAAUAUUCAACAGCUUUGAUGCAAGGCACCCUCACAGACAACAUCACAAGCCAUUGUGUUGUUACCAAAUUUGUACCGCUUAUACAUCAGUUUGAUGUUUGCCUUGAGGCCGCGUUGAAAUCCGUGAAGACAUCGCUUGAUUUAGACCAGUUCAGCGGCUUGUACGAAGCACUGGGGUGGAGAUUCAGAUUCUUUGAGAUUGGACAUUUACAACUUGUCAGUAGUGAGAAGAAGAAAGGAGGAAGAAGAACAGGGCAGUUAAUAGAAGAAGCGGUGUCUACGUUAAGUGUUCACUACAACUGGCUGUUGAAGUGGACAGUACCAAAACUGCAGCUUCUUAUGGAAUCUGAUGAAGCACUAAAGAAUAGUAGGCUGGUGAGUCAGUUGGAGAGCACUUUGAAGGUGAUUGAUAGCAGCUUGGAAGUGUCAUCAUCAGUUUUACUGCAAGUUGGGAAGAAGGUGAAGCAAGACAUGUGUCAGCCUGUACCUCAUGCCAGCAAUCAGCAAGUUGAACUAUGGGAGCAAAUACAAAGAUUGUCAGAUCUGCUAUGUGUGUGGCCGAAUACUAACUACGUUCACCGUGCGAAGUCUGCAGCUCUCAUCUCCUUCCUUCGGACACAGAUUGGUAUGAAGGCUCGCCUUGACAUUGUCCGUGCGUAUCAACAGUUGGUUCAUGGAGACAACAUUGACCAAGUGAUUUGUGUCAUUACGGAGGUGGAGAAGUCGUGCCAGGCAUCUGGUCUCAUCCAGUGUCCUCUGGACUCCAUCAGCGAGGAUGAAGACUGUCUAAACGGUAACUCAGAAGUGCAAUUGUGGCCUGUACAAGAAUUGAUGUGCGUUAUUCUCAGCGGUGCUCUGAAAAGGGCGUUAACAAACAGCACAACUACGCGGCAGCAGAUUGGAACUUCUGACGAAUACAAUGCAUCAACCCUACCUUGCAUUUCAUCUGAAGACAUUGCUAAAAAUUUGAGCUCCAUUAUGCUUUCAUUGCCAACUAUUCCACCUAUAAUGGCAUCAAUGAUUAAAUUUCUGUCAGAAUCAAAUAAGGUUCUGAUGGAUUGCACUUCAGAUGGAUUUAAGAAUCUCGUUCCAAAGCUAAUGAUGGUGAUAUUACAACAUACAAGGCUGUCUCCAGCUGUAAGACAAGUGAAAGACUGGCUGUCUUGGAAACCGAAAUCUUCUAGUGUUGAGAACGGUGAGAAUGAAGUAAGAAUGGAGUGUAUUGGAGCCGAGGAUAGCAGAAAGGACUCCUUUCCUCUGCACAGCCCACUUAUGACACACAUUGUGACAUCAUUUAUUCUGCCCAGCUACCAAAGCUGCAAUACCAAUGCUACCUUGGGCUCGCACAAAACUUGCACAUUACAGCUCAGCAUAUUGAAGGAAAUACUGUGGAGAAACAUGAGAACUCUGUCGUCACCAGAACUGAACUACAAGUUAAAUGAUGCUUUCAGUGUUGAAUCAUUUUUCAAAAGAUUUCUGCACACACUUUCCUUGGCACUGGGAAACAAUGCAGCUGAAGUGCCAGACCAAAACUGUUUUGCCUAUGUAGAAGGAAUAGUGCAGACUCUCAAGGACUAUAAUAAACACGAUAGAAGGCAGCAGACUGUUUCCAGAAGCGAAGAAAAUAUAAAUGAAAUUAAACAGUUUUCGGGUACACUGAUACAGUUGACCGAAACAGUUACAAGACUCAGGGACAGUGUAAGGACUGUGACAAAUCCUGAAGCAGAAAUGAGCUCUAAAGAUGUCGGUGACUUACAGAUUUUGGUGUCAACAGCGGAAGCUUGGACCCUCUUAGGAUUUUUGCAGGUUACGUUAUAUCUGAAGCUGGGAUUAAUGGAUCCAAUAGCAAAGAAGAAACUGAAGCUACAUUAUGUUUCAGAAGAUCUGGAGGAAACUGAAAAGAUGCUGUAUGCCCAAGAGUUACAGUCACGUGUUUGUAGCUCAAGUCUCGACAAGUUCGACGAAUGUAAUAUCCAUCCUCAUAUUGUACUGCUCAGAGAGAGGUUGAAGCACUUGAUUGUCAGGCAGAAUGAACUCAAGAAAUGUGUAGCUGCAAGACCUGAUCCCCCACUCUUUGAUUCUCUGGCUAAGGAAACACUUCAUUAUUCAAGAAGUUUGGCUUCUGGUGAGGUAGUUCUGAGUUUCCACAAGCGUAUUGUUAAUGAAAUUCAGAAAUUAGACACAAAAUCAUUCAGUGAUAAAGAAAAAAUGGUUGUCAUCAACCGAGCAGAAGAGAUCUUGAGAGAGGAGCAGAUUUGGCAAGAAUCACAGUUGCAAUUUUGUGAUAAAAUGAACAGUAUCUUCUGUAGCUGGUAUCCUGACUUGGUAAUACCAAUACUUUCUGCAGCCACCCAGGAUAGAAAAUCAUUUCUUCUUCUUGCUAGUACCAAGUUAACCCCCUUUGACUUUCCAGUUGCACUUUAA